GCUUGCCUGCAAACCUUUACUUCUGAAACGACUUCCACGGCUGGGACGGGAACCUUCCACCCACAGCUAUGCCUCUGAUUGGUGAAUGGUGAGGGUGCCUGUCUAACUUUUCUGUAAAAAGAACCAGCUGCCUCCAGGCAGCCAGCCCUCAAGCAUCACUUACAGGACCAGAGCAGACCCUCCUGCCCUCCUUUGCUGGCGACAGCCUCUCAAAUGCAGAUGGCUGUGCUCCCUUGCCUGGGUUUUACCCUGCUUCUCUGGAGCCAGGUACCAGGGGCCCAGGGCCAAGAAUUCCAAUUUGGGCCCUGCCAAGUGAAGGGGGUUGUUCCCCAGAAACUGUGGGAAGCCUUCUGGGCUGUGAAAGACACUAUGCAAGCUCAGGAUAACAUCACGAGUGCCCGGCUGCUGCAGCAGGAGGUUCUGCAGAACGUCUCGGAUGCUGAGAGCUGUUACCUUGUCCACACCUUGCUGGAGUUCUACUUGAAAACUGUUUUCAAAAACUACCACAAUAGAACAGUUGAAGUCAGGACUCUGAAGUCAUUCUCUACUCUGGCCAACAACUUUGUUCUCAUCGUGUCACAACUGCAACCCAGUCAAGAAAAUGAGAUGUUUUCCAUCAGAGACAGUGCACACAGGCGGUUUCUGCUAUUCCGGAGAGCAUUCAAACAGUUGGACGUAGAAGCAGCUCUGACCAAAGCCCUUGGGGAAGUGGACAUUCUUCUGACCUGGAUGCAGAAAUUCUACAAGCUCUGAAUGUCUAGACCAGGACCUCCCUCCCCCUGGCACUGGUUCGUUCCCUGUGUCAUUUCAAACAGUCUCCCUUCCUAUGCUGUUCACUGGACACUUCACGCCCUUGGCCAUGGUUCCCAUUCUUGGCCCAGGAUUAUUGUCAAAGAAGUCAUUCUUUAAGCAGCGCCAGUGACAGUCAGGGAAGGUGCCUCUGGAUGCUGUGAAGAGUCUACAAAGAAGAUUCUUGUAUUUAUUACAACUCUAUUUAAUUAAUGUCAGUAUUUCAACUGAAGUUCUAUUUAUUUGUGAGACUGUAAGUUACAUGAAGGCAGCAGAAUAUUGUGCCCCAUGCUUCUUUACCCCUCACAAUCCUUGCCACAGUGUGGGGCAGUGGAUGGGUGCUUAGUAAGUACUUAAUAAACUGUGGUGUUUUUUUU